AUGUUUGGUGGCAAGUCUGCUCCGUUCUUGGCAAUUAAUGCAACUUUUUAUCUCGCUGAGUGUGAAAAAGAUAACUUUCCAAAGGCCGCAGAAUGUAUAAAAACAUGUUUGUACGUCGAUGAUUGCAUGAGCGGCAGCCAUUCAGUCAAAUCAGCAGUUGAACUGCAACGCGAGUUGAAUGGUUUGUUUAAAUCCGGCAACAUGCGUCUUCGAAAAUGGGCAUCGAAUAGCGAAGCGGCAUUGGACGGCAUUCCAAGUGAAGAUCGAGCAAUUAGCCAAUCGUUAACCUUGAAAACCACCGACACAGUGAAAACUCUGGGCAUGAAAUGGACGCCUGCAACCGAUUCAUUGAGCUUCACAAUCGACAUGACUCGUUUAUCAUCUGAACCGCGAAUUACCAAACGAAAGCUAGUUUCAGAUGCGUCCAAACUUUAUGAUCCGUGCGGUUUGUUAGCUCCAAUCACAAUUAAAGCCAAAAUGCUCAUGCAAGCGACUUUCAAAGAAGGAAUCGGUUGGGAUGAUUUUGUGUGCGAUGCCAUUCAAAAUGAAUGGAAUGAAUACAGAGUGGAACUGCCAUUGAUUAAACAAUUGAAAAUUAAGCGAUGGCUCAGCAUGACACCAAAUUCAACAAAACAAUUGCACGGAUUCUGCGACGCUUCCGAUAAUGGACUUUCGGCUUGCGUUUAUAUAGUGCAAACAUCGAAUGAAAUCACCACAGCAUCACUCAUAUGCGCUAAAACUCGUGUUGCACCCAUUGAUCCAGUCGCAACACCUCGUUUAGAAUUGUGUGGAGCUGUUCUAUUGUCACAUUUGGCCGCUCGCAUUGAACAUAAUCUGAAGAUUGACAAAAAUAACGUGCAUUUAUGGACCGAUUCGUCAGCUGUCUGGCAUUGGUUGCAACAUCAUCCGUCACGCUUUCAGGUGUACAUCGCUCAUGGCGUGCUUGAAAUUCAGAAGCUGUAUCCAGCGAACCACUGGAAGCAUGUUCGAACUCAUGAAAACCCAGCAGAUAUCGCAUCUCGGGGUGUUUCUGCACGUCACUUGCUCAACAAUUCUCUUUGGUUUUCUGGACCAAAGUGGCUCUGCCUUGACAAAACUCAGUGGCCAAAAAUCGAUUUGCCAUUGCCACAAGGCUUAAAUUUAGAAAAAAAGCGCACGCGAAUAAACAUUGCUGUUCCACAAUCAGCGCCAUGCGAAAUGGACUUCUUAUUGCGAUUUUCGAGUUUGCUUCGAUUGCUUCGGGUUACGGCUCGCAUAUUUCGAUUGGCUAAACACAGAAAGGGAGAGGCUGCCUCUUUGCCCGAUUAUGUAACGCCUGAGGAAUUGGAGGAAGCAAAAAUUGAAUGGGUAAAAUACAUUCAAGCCCUAUAUUUUGCCAAAGAAAUUCGCGAUUUAAGAAAGAACGGAUUCGUCGACGAAAAAAGUGCACUACGCUCGCUCAACCCGCAAUUCAACGAAAACAAAAUUCUCGUCGUCAAUGGUCGAUUACGGUAUGCUCCGCUACCAGAACGACAAAGAUGUCCGAUGAUUUUGCCAGCAAAUAGCCAUUUCACACAACUAGCAAUAAAUCGCGCCCAUGCAACGUCGUUACACGGCACCAUUCACCUGACUUUGGCUCGUGUUCGCCAAGAAUUUUGGAUCCUGAACGGUCGCAAUCGUGUGAAAGCAUUCGUCCACAAAUGCGUUGUCUGCUUUCGACAAAAACCCAAGUCAAUGACUCAAUUGAUGGCGCCAUUACCUGCCAUAAAAACAACUCCGUCUCGCGCAUUUUUGCAUUGUGGUCUGGAUUUUGCGGGACCAAUUCAAAUAAAGAGCUCGAAUAAACGAAAUGCACCGACUGAGAAAGGUUAUAUUUGCGUGUUCGUGUGUAUGGCCUCGAAAGCAGUCCAUUUGGAACUCGUCGGUGACUUGAGUACCCAGAAGUUCAUUUUGGCAAUUCGUCGAAUGAUGGCGCGACGAGGAAUGAGCACUGAUUUUUAUUGCGAUCGAGGGACAAAUUUUCAAGGUGCAAGCAACGAAUUGCCUCGUCUUUUCUUGGAUGCCAAAGCAACAACAUCAACUGAAAUCGCCCAAUUAUUCGCUUCCGAUGGCAUUCGAUUCCAUUUCAAUCCCCCAAGCGCACCGAACUGGGGCGGACAAUGGGAAUCGUUCGUCAAGCUGACGAAACAUCAUUUGCGCCGAAUGACCACCGCAGUUAAACUAACGUUCGAGGAAAUGGCAACGCUUCUUGCUCAAAUUGAAUCAUGCCUAAACUCGCGGCCUUUGUGUGCAAUCACAACGGAUAUAAAUGAUUUGGAGCCACUCACGCCCGGUCAUUUGUUGAUUGGCGCUCCGCUUAAUUUGAUUCCAGAACCGAAUUCACUAUCACUAAAAGACAAUACGCUCGACCGGUUCCAAGCCAUACAAAAGGGCCUACAAACAUUCUGGAAGCGCUUUUCAGAAGAAUAUUUGCACGCGCAACACCCCAGAAAGAAAUGGCUCAAGCCAAAUGAAGAUGUCAACUGCGGCGACCUAGUAAUCAUCAUCGAGGACAAUCUACCGCCGGCAAAAUGGAUGAUGGCCAGGAUCAUCGAACUUCACACUGGGACAGACGGCUAC